ACCUCUGUAAAGACUGAUACCUCUGCCAGCUGUCAGAUGAUUUAACUCAAAGUGACAAACAUCACAUGUAGCUGCCUCCUGUUAUGCAGUGACACGUAGUCCAACAUCACAGCACCCCAACGUAUCUCCAACACCUGUCUGCUUCCCACCCAGCGUGGGACAGCAGAGGGGACGUGAGUCUGCACCGAGUCAAAGCACGACAACGCAGUCCACUAGCCUGCAAACAUGCUGCUGCCUCUGCUUUUCUUCGUCCUGCUGUCUUCUGAUGUUUUUCCAGAGAAAGAUGUUGAUGCUCUUCCCAAACUGAACGACACCAAAGCUGCCGAGGCCUUCAUCGAUUCUGCUGAAGUGGUGGUCGUUGGAUUCCUGGAGGGAGAGCAGAGCCGCGGUUAUAAGAAACUGCUGGCUGCUGCUCAACAAGUAAAGACGGUUCCUGUGGCCAUGUGCACUGUGAAGGAGGUGUGGGUCGACUUCAAUGUCACGUCAGAAUCCAUCAGCCUUUUUAGAAAGGCUGAUAACUCCAGAGAGGACCUCAUUCUCAGUCAGACUAAGAAACUGAAAACCGACGGCCUUGUAAACUUUUUUGUCAUCAAUGAAAUCCGUUACAUCACAGAAUACAACCAAGUGACAGCAGUAGGUUUGUUCAAUUCGGAGGUGAAGGCACACCUCCUGCUCUUUGCCAACGAGGGGAGCAAAGAAUACACUGAGCUCAGGGACCGACUCAGAGAUCUGGCCCCAGAGUUCACAGGCAAGUUUUUGGUUGUGCUGAUUAAUGGCGAGGUAAAGUACAACUCCCGAUCACUGGAAUACUUCGGCCUCAAGUCUGCUGACCUCCCGCGGGUCGGCAUCUACGACGGCAACUCUGACAUGAAGUGGCUCCUGCCUGAGGGAGAGAUUUCUACUGAGCGAGUUCGGGAAUUCUGCCAGUCCUUCUUACGAGGAGAGCUAAAGGAGGUGCAUCAGGCCGGAGAAACAGCCAAAACAGAGCUGUAGGACUUCAAGAGCAAGUGUGAGCAAAUCAUUAACAAAUAUUAAAUAAAAAAAAAAGGAAAUGUUAGAA